AUGAAAUGGUGGGUGGUUGGAAAAUGGGGGAGGAGAACCAUCCCAUUCUCAUUCUCCCAUAGAACCUUACGUUCAGAUGCAGCGUUAGAAGCCAUAGCUAAAGCUUCCGAAGAUAAAGUUCCCACCAUAGUUCUCUACAACUACCCAUCCUUUUCCGGAGCCUUCUCCUCUCUCUUCGCUCACCUCUUCCACACUCGUCACAAUCUCCCUUCCCUUACUCUUCCUUUCUCCUCCGUUCCCUCCCUCGCUUUCACUGUUGAAGAUUUGUGCAUUCAAGGCCUUCAAACAUGCUAUCUUCUCGACUUUCUUCCUCCAAAGGAAUUCCUUUUCCAGCUUUCCCAUCAUUCAAAUUGCAAGAUUAUUGGGUUUGAUCAUAGGAAAUCAGUGCUUACACAUGUUCCUUCUGUAAAUGACUAUCCUGAGAAUAUUAUGAUUAAUGUUAACCUUGACAAAAGUAGCUCCAGAGCUGUUUAUGAGUACUUUACCAACAAAUGCAAGGAUAUUAUAAAUUCUGAUGGCGCGGUUUCAGGUUUGGUGGACAAAAAAGAUAAAGACCGUAUGGAGAAUAUUCUUAGGUAUAUUGAAGACGGGGAUCUUCGCCGAUGGAGCUUGCCUGAUAUUAAGCCCUUUAACAUUGGACUAGGUGAAUGGCGACCGAGGUUUAGCUGCAUUUCCAACCCAUACAUGUUUAAGCAGUUGAUGGAAUUGAGUGUUGAAGAAUUAAUUGCUAAAGGAAAUUCGUCUAUUUCAGCUCGCCGUAAUGCUGCAAGUAAAUUGCUUGAAAAGGUUUUCAGAGUUCGGCUGGGUAGAGGAUUCUAUGGAGAGUGCCUGGGAGUUCGGGCAGAUGGGAACUCUAACUUAAGUGAUGAAAUUGGCAUGCUUCUUAGUGUAAAAAGCGCUGCUAUUGGUCUGAGGCCCAUAGGAGCUGUUAUAUUUUUGCAACGGAAUAAUCUCAAAAUGUGCUUGCGCAGCUCUGAUAGUGCUACUGAUACUUCAGAAGUUGCUAAGGCAUAUGGCGGAGGAGGUUCCGCAAGUUCAAGCUCCUUCAUAAUAAGGAUGGAUGAGUAUAACCAAUGGAUUUCAGCUAAUUCGCUAUAA